GGAGGGCUUUGAAAGGGAAACUUCUCCAUCGUUAUUACAAUAAAAAACAACAUUCAGCAUUAUGAAUACCAAGCAUUAUGAAUACAUUGCCAUUGUCGUUUGUUCGUUGACAAUAUUGUAUUGUGUAGCAGAGGGGAUCAUUUCUGUCACAUUUGGCUCUGAAUCGGACUCGUCUAGUCUUUUAUUCCUUGGAAUCGACUCAUUAGUUGAAGUUGUAUCAGCAAGCUUAGUGUUAUGGAGAAUGGCAAGUACCAAUGUAACGUCGAAACGGGACAAGUUUGCUACUCUAGGAAUAGGGAUCAUGUUUCUUUUGUUAACCAUUGGAACAAUUGUUGUUAGUUGUAUGAAUUUAUCUAAAAUGGCACAUCCUGAAAGCACUCUUCCGGGAAUCAUUAUCUCGAGUGUGAGCAUUGUUGUAAUGGCAAUUCUCUGGUUGACAAAAAGGUGGCUAGCUAAACGGCUAAAUUCAUCCACAUUGGAAAGCGAAGCCAAGUGUUCUUUCGCGUGUCUUAGGAUAACAUGCGUGUUGUUCGUUGGAAGCAUGAUAUUUUAUUUCUGGAAAGGUGGGUGGUGGGUGGAUUCAGCCGCUGCACUUGUGUUAGCAUUGUUUUUUGGUUGGGAAUCCUAUGAAAUGAUAUCAUGGGCUUUAUCUAAGAAGUUUGAUGGAGGCUGUUCUUGUUCAAAAAAAUGAAAUAAAAACAUCAUUCGGACG